CCACUGGAUGAUGCCACAAAGAGUGAACUUGAAGGUGCUUUGAAGUCUUUUUUGAAGAAGGGAGAAACAUUAUUGCUUACUACUAAAGUCGACCCAUCAAUAAUUGGUGGAAUGGUGGUCACUAUUGGUGAUAAGUAUGUAGAUAUGAGCAUUUCAAGCAAAAUCAAGAAAUACACAGACUUGAUACAAUCAGCUGCUUGAACUAGAAAUUUAUUGUAUAUGAAUUGUGUGUAUAGUGUACUAACGAAGUAUCAAUAAAAACUUCUGAAGUAGGAUCUAAGGCUCUAUUGUGAUUGUAAGAUGUCUUGUAGUUCUACAUUGUCAUGCUUACCUUAAAUUGUUUCCAAGCAUUGUAGAUGGUUAUAUUAAAAUGGUUGCCAAAAUAUUGUUUUUCUUAAUCAUUUUGAGCUUUUUGUAAAUACGUGCCAUUAUUUUCUGUUAUAAAAUUGUUAAAUGUCAAUUGGUAGUGUAACUCAGGUUUUUGUAAAUUGUGAACAGGAUUAUGAAGGUAUGCGAGAUCACGUAAAAAAAAAAGAGGAAUACAGAGAAGAGAAAUUAUGGUCAUAGUCUGCAGCAAACACUAGAUACAUUUAGAAAAAAAAAUUAACUAUAAUUCAUUCGAAAAAUAUGGGAUCUGAACCGCAGAUUAACUAACUAUUUUGUUUUUACAUUGCCUUUCCUUUCACAAAACUCGUAAAUGUUAACGUGGCAGCAAGUCGCGAAGAUGAUAAAAAAUAUCAGUGUUGCACCGAUGCUUAAAUAUCUUAAGUAGAAUUUACAUAUAGGCAAUUUUUUAAACAUAACUGUAGGCCUUUUUUUCUUCAUCUUAAGGUAUCGAGUAGAAAAAGUAAAAAUUAUAAAAAACAUACAGUACUAUUUUUUCAGACUGCAAGAGGAAUAUCGAAUUUACGACUUUCCUUAACUGGCCAUGAUCACUGUCAACUUCUAUUACUUUAAGUAAUAUAGUUUGUGAAUUAACCCGAAGAAACAAAGCUUAUAAGAUCAGUGGAAAGUUUUCCAUGAUUUUAGAAAUUUAAAUGCAAGCAAUGUGCAAGAACAAUCAAACUUAUUGCAAGACUUAUAUGGCCCAGAUUUAGGAGGCAUAGUGUGUUUUCGCACGCACCUUCUCUCACAUCUUAUAACCCUUGACCACGUGCAGGGCACUUGCGCCACCGCCUUUGUCGCGUUGCCUCUGGAGUAGGGGCGGCUGGUACCCCAACAGACUGGAGGUUGCACCUCCAUCCAGUGACGGAAAUGUAAUUUACAAGAGACGAAAAUAUAAUAAAAAUGUAAUGUAAUGUUCGAAUGAAUUAAAAGUUAAAUAAAAGUCUACAUUGAUUCAUUACUUAAUUUUAUGCGUCAUGACCGAGUGAGGUAUAUUAUACACCUGUGUAUGUGUUUCUGGCUUUGAUUUCCACUGGACAUCAAGUUCCUCUAGCACGUUGCAACAAGCACUAUUGGUUCAACACGUUUCACAGAAAUAAAAAGGGGUGAAUGAUGCACCGAACGUUACCGUGUGAGUAAAUACUUGACAAUUUGUAGACACAAUUCUGCAUUAAGAUCAUUCUUAUUUACCUGCUAGUACACAAAUAGAAUACACAUUCCACAAAGCCUUUAUUAUUAUUACUACUUGGAAUGGAUUUGACGCUAGAAAAAUAUCUGGUG